AGUAUUUGAUUAAUGACGGUGAUCAUCUGCUCAAAAAUAAUCACGAAAUUUAAAUUUUCAUUGAUAAAAACAGUAAAUUCAAUAUAAUUUCCUUCAGAACUUCUGUAAAUAAGUCCGUGUUUAUAGUGUUCUUUGCGUUGCUAUUGUUGUACAAAAUUAACAAAUAUUAUAACCUAAAAGCAAUGUCGCAUAUUAACGAUCUGAUAGGUGUCAUGCGUGGGCUGCGGCUAGUGGUUGAGGCAGGUAUAAAGGUACAGCAGGAAAAUUCAAAGGUAAUAUGGAAUAACUCCAGCAUAAAAACAGUAUUACAAAACUGCACGCCUAACACACUAACUGUUUAUAAACCAAAGCCUGAAGAUGCCAAGGAAUUGCUAGAGCGGGCCUUGGUUGUCGCACAUGGCUUUAGACAAUAUGCCGUCAUGCAUGUUCCUAACUUUAAUGAUGCAGAGAAGGUUACCGAAAUGGAUAAAGAGAUGAAAGAAGAGAUUGAUGAACUAAACAGAGAGUUUAACAAGACAUUUGAAAGUCUGAAGAAGUCACAAGAUAUCAAAGGUGCAGCUCCAAAAUAUGUGAAACCAGUGUCAGAAGAAUAUCUAGCACCAUUGGAGAAGCUACAUAUGACCAGUACUGUGCAGCAAACAGUACCACCACCGCCUCCACCGGUUGAAGUGCAGACUCCGAAGAUAGUAGAAGCAGUUAGCGGUUCAACACCAACUGGUGUGCCGAAGCCAGUUGCUAAAAAGAAGAUAAGAGUUUCUUUGAGUGAAAACUCGAAGGCUCGCGUGGUGCCGUCAUCUCGCAUCGGACGCAUGAUAUCGUUUGGUUCCCUCGCCGCGGGGCUGGGUGUGGGCACGGUGGCCCAGUACGCCAGGAACACUAUCCAGUCUGUGACUGGCAAGGUGGACGAAUCUGCCAACACUUUUAUGUCCCCUGCCAACGCUGAGAGGAUUGUUGACACGCUAUGCAAAGUCAGAGGUGCCGCGCUCAAACUGGGUCAACUGCUCAGCAUCCAGGACGAAUCGAUGAUAUCCCCUGAACUGCAGCGCAUAUUCGAGCGCGUGCGGCAGUCAGCCGACUUUAUGCCAUCGUGGCAGGUGGAGAAGGUGAUGAGCUCGCAGCUGGGACCCGACUGGCGCUCCAGGAUGCAGCACUUUGAGGAGAAGCCGUUCGCAGCCGCUUCUAUUGGUCAAGUGCACUUAGCGAUAUUGCACAACGGUCAAGAAGUGGCUAUGAAGGUGCAGUAUCCAGGAGUGGCCAAAGGCAUCAACAGCGACAUUGACAAUCUUGUCGGAGUUAUGAAGGUGUGGAAUGUAUUCCCAAAAGGCAUGUUCAUAGACAACAUAGUGGAAGUGGCGAAGAAAGAACUAGCGUGGGAGGUCGACUACGUGAGAGAGGCGCAGUGCACCAAGAAGUUCAAGACCCUACUGGCGCCAUACCCGGAGUACUUUGUGCCUGAAGUCAUAGACGACCUCUGCGCGCCCGAAGUGAUGACGACUGAGCUGAUAGAUGGCACGCCGCUCGACAAGCUAUUCGACGCGCCGUACGAGACACGUCUCGACAUCGCCGCCAAGAUCAUGCGGCUGUGUCUCCGCGAGAUGUUUGUGCUGCGAUGCAUGCAGACUGACCCCAACUGGGCCAACUUCUUCUACAAUACCAGCACGAAACAGGUGAUCCUCCUAGACUUCGGCGCUACCCGCGAAUACUCCAAGGAGUUCAUGGACCAGUACAUCGAGAUCAUCAAGGCGGCGUCGGAGGGCGACCGCGCCGCCAUCUUGCGGAUGUCCAAGGAGAUGAAGUUCCUCACUGGAUACGAGUCUAAGAUAAUGGAAGAGACCCACGUGGACACUGUCAUGAUUAUGGGCGAAGUGUUCACGAGCGAAGGCGACGGCGAAUUCGACUUCGGCGCCCAAAAGACCACCAGACGCAUCCAGGCUUUGGUCCCCACGAUCCUUACCCAUAGACUAUGCCCGCCGCCAGAAGAAAUAUACUCUUUGCACAGAAAACUGUCAGGCGUCUUCCUACUGUGCUCCAAAAUGAAGAUCAAGAUGAACUGUCGGGACAUGUUCAACGAGAUUUACGACCAAUACAAAAGCAAUGCCUUCAGGUAAUCUAUUACUCAGUUUUAACGGUUACGCAUUUAUGGAAUGUUACGCUAUUUUUAAGGGUCGACGAUUUUGUAGAAUGUUAUUAUGAACUGUUAUGCCCCUGGCACACUAUCGACGUGAUUUGCGAGCGACGUGACUUAUUAAUCAUUUAAUUACAUUUCACAUGGUGUAUGUGUAAUUUUGAUCACCAUCCGGGCAUAACAACGGAUUUUCAUCCAAGUAGUGAUAUACAAAGUACUUAGUGUUAAAAUGGCGCUAUUAAAUUAUAUGGAAUAUAUACUGUGUGUUAGGGGCUUUAGGUAUGCGAUGGACCGUUUAGUAAUUUAGUAAAUAGUAACCUUUUAGAACUUACCGUUAAGACUGUCAGUUGCCUUGAACGUGUCUGUUAGGCUACGGUCUCCUGUAAACGCUACACGUGACGUCAGACGUCAGCGUCAAACGUUCCUAUAAAGACGUCUGUGGCCUAAUUCACGCAUUUUGACAUUCAAGAUCUCGCUGACGUUCAGAAGUCGUCCCAUUGAAAAACAGUUCUAAAUCCGUAUUCACAAGGGUCAUUUCGAUAGAACGAUUACUCGAUAGGAUCGCAACUCAGCGAUUUGUUGUCAUUGAUGUUUUGUUACGUCGUCCCAUUGAAAAACAGUUCUAAAUCCGUAUUCACAAGGGUCAUUUUGAUAGAACGAUUACUUGAUAGAAUCGCAACUCAGUGUUUUGUUGUCGUUGAAGUUUUGUUACGUGAAUAAGGCUACUGAACACCGACGUCAACGUCUGAAGGAGACAACAAAUGUAAAUUUCUAUAGAAAGCUUGUGAUGCGGCCUAUGGGAUUUAUAAGAGACCACAGCCUCAAUUGUUGAAAUUACGUAAGUCUAAAAAUUAAAUGUUAACCGAAAAACAAUGCGCACAAAAUUGAUGUAAGAUUGCGUCAAAGUAUAAUCUAUAAUUUCACUAAGCUUUUUUCACACGAUUAAACCAAUGUAAUUUUUAUCAUUCCGACUGUCAAGUAGGUACUAAUUAAUAUUUUAAUUGUUGAUUAAUUUAUGUUUGAAUUAUUCUAGGCAUUACUUUUAUACACGGAUAGUAAUGUUAUAAUAAAAACCCUCGUACUUAUGCCACUAAAAUCUAAGAUAAAUCCUUCGACAUGUAACGUAUCUACCUCUUUUUACAAAUAAGCCAGUUUUAAUUCGAAUAUUGAAAUUAGCACAAUUUUCAUGCCAAUGCCAUUACGUUUUUCCAUUUGUAUUUAGUUUUUCAAUUUAUCAAAUAAUCCUGAUAUUGCCAACACAAGUCAGGAUGGCUCUUCGUCCUUCUGCAUUAAAACAACUGAACAGAUUUUGAUGAACUUCUUCUGCUAAUUAGCUAAUAAAAGUAAUUAAUAUAAUAUGGUCAUCAAAGCAUAUUGAGAUGUUUUCGUCGCUCUUUUGGUUGAACUUUGACAUGACUAUUGAGUCGGUCCGUAUUUGUUUAUUAGCUUUUGCCUACAACUGAAGUAACUUCUUAUUUUGUCUAUCAUUCUGUUUAUUAUUUAACGACUAUUGUGUAAGGCUCAUAUGUUGAUGAAACUCAAAACUUUAUUCAAACUAUAGAGAUUUAAGCCUUUAAUCUUGUUUAUUUUCUAAAAUUUUAGACAUCUAGGAAGUUUUUUUGUAUCGAAGUUUGAGAGUAGGUAGAUUCAGAAUACAACCCAAAAAUCAUUACAAAGUGGAAAGCGUGCCAAUUUCAUUUUCAAUUCUUGGUAUGUUGUGGUACAUGUGUGGUCAUGUGGUAGAUUUGUAUGUAAAAAAGUUAAUAUUUAAUGUGACUAUGAUGAAUUUGUAAUAUAAUUAACUUAUUAAUAUGAGGAAUAAAGUUUUUGCUUAUUAAUUUA